GGAGCUGCCUGUUGCUCGCAGUUCUAGCUCGGGGCCCCGGCACCGCCCCUGUUGGUCGGACCUGAGCUUUCGGGACUCUAAGACUGCUGGCCAGGACCUUCCGCUUCGGAAUGGGCGCAAGCAAGGUGUGAAGUCUUGGGAAGCUGGCCCACUUCAAGGUGCGUGAGAAAGGCGUGUCUCUGAAGCCAUGGCGCUCCCCUUCCAAAAAGAGCUGGGGAAAUUCAAGGACAUCGACGAAGACGAGCUUCUUGGCAAGUUGUCAGAAGAGGAACUGAAACAGUUGGAGAACGUUCUAGAUGACCUGGAUGCCGAGAGUGCAAUGUUGCCAGCUGGAUUCCGACAGAAGGACCAGACCCAGAAAGCAGCCACUGGCCCAUUUGACCGCGAGCACCUCCUCAUGUACCUGGAGAAGGAGGCUUUGGAACAGAAGGACAGAGAGGACUUUGUGCCCUUCACGGGAGAGAAGAAAGGGAGAGUGUUUAUCCCCAAGGAAAAGCCUGUAGAAACUCAUAAAGAAGAGAAAGUGACUCUGGACCCAGAACUGGAAGAAGCCUUGGCCAGCGCCUCUGACACUGAACUCUACGACCUUGCAGCUGUCCUUGGAGUCCACAAUUUGCUCAACAAUCCAAAGUUUGAUGAAGAAACCACCAAUGGCAAAGGUCGCAAGGGGCCUGUAAGGAAUGUCGUCAAAGGUGAAAAGGCCAAGCCAGUAUUUGAGGAGCCACCGAACCCCACAAACGUGGAAGCGAGUCUGCAGCAGAUGAAGGCCAAUGACCCCAGCCUGCAAGAGGUCAACCUCAACAACAUCAAGAACAUUCCAAUUCCAACCCUGAGGGAGUUUGCAAAGGCUCUGGAGACGAACACUCAUGUGACGAAGUUCAGCCUGGCUGCGACCCGGAGCAAUGACCCUGUGGCCCUUGCCUUUGCAGAUAUGCUGAAAGUCAACAAGACCUUGAAAAGUCUAAACAUAGAAUCCAAUUUUAUCACUGGAACGGGAAUCCUGGCCCUGGUGGAAGCACUGCGGGAGAAUGACACCUUGACAGAGGUCAAGAUUGACAACCAGAGGCAGCAGCUGGGAACAGCCGUGGAGAUGGAGAUCGCCCAGAUGCUGGAAGAGAACUCAAGGAUCCUCAAGUUUGGGUACCAGUUUACUAAGCAAGGGCCGCGGACAAGAGUGGCAGCUGCCAUCACAAAAAAUAAUGACCUGGUUCGCAAGAAGAGAGUGGAAGGAGACAGGAGGUAAGCCUCCACCAGGAGAGGUGCAAGCCUCACCACGAUGCAGCCAUCCAAAACACCAGACACAAACUCCUCCUCUUCUCCACAGGACCAUCUUUAUCUAAGGCCGUUUCGCUUCCGUCAACCCCGUAUGUCAUAAUUGCAACUGUUGCUUUUUUUUUUCCUGCACUACUUAUUUACCUGAGAUUCUGGAAUGUGUGCAGCAGCUGGACUUGCUCCUGGACACACCUGGCGGCUCGCACGAGUGGGAGGAAACAGCUCUUAGACUGUGGCGACGCUGG